AUGAGACGCGGGGAGGCGUUCCCGGUAGAGGCACUGUCGGGCAAUGACAAGAAAGCUUAUCAACCCCCUCUUGGUCUAUACGAGACGGUUGAUAAAGGGCUCUUCCUUCAUGAUGUCGUCUUGGUCCUCUUGGUGGAAGAGACGGGCCGCCAAUGUUUGCUGGAAGUGAAGCAUCCGACUGUGACUGUGACUGCCAUCCACUGCUUGCAUUCAUGCAUUUCUGCUCGAAGCGAACUGGCAUCAACAGCAAGUCAACACCAACUGGGAAUGGCUCCAGCCCCCACGGCAGCCCCCCAACGGGACACGGCCUGCCAGGGCAGAACCCGACAGCACAGUACACUAAGGCAGGCACAGCGGCCCCGCUGCGUUGCCAUGCCACGGCCGCAGUUGGGUCGCUUCACCACAAAGCAGCAGCAGCAUGUGUUGGUUCCUCCGUCAUUGGAGUUUGGCCGCUCACAGGAGCACAGCAGCUGUGGAAGCAGGCAAGGCAGGAUGCAAGACACUGGUGGCCGGUGUGUGAACACGGUAGGAGUGCAACCUUGGGUGCUCAGGAUUGGUGAGAGGACCGGCAACCUGAUUGGAGAUGAUGCGUGA